CAAGAAAUAAAGUCAUCAAAUGACAAUUUUUUGUUUAUUACCGAAAAUAUUAGCACACUUUUGUAUUCCCUAUUUAUGUUAGAACGGCUUAAUUCAUAACAAAACAAACUACAUGUAAAUAAAAACAUACAAAUUCUAGAAUUCUCAAAAAGAAUGAAUAAAAGUAGCUCUGUAAAGUUUCUCUGUCAUAAAGAUGAAGAUAAUUUAUCUCCAAUCAAUUCUAAAUUUUCUGGCAUCUUCAACAAGUCGCUGUUUGCCGAUAAAAUCAAUGAUGAUCCAGAAGAAAAAGUAAACAACCCAAAACAACAUUCCGAAGAAUCAAAAAAGGAGUUGAGCCUGUCUGACUACUUCAAGUCAUUGCAGCUACUUCAAAACAUAAACGAGAAACAGCUGAAGAUAUUGAAGAAGAUAUCAAGUGUCGUGCCUCCAAAUGAAAAUGGAUUCUUGACAAUGAAAACUUCAUCGAAAAAUCAACUCCAAAAUGUAGUUUACUACAACCACGUGAGCUCAAAACUUAUUAAUUAUAACAUAAUUGAGCCAUCACAAUUGGGACUGGAUGAAAAGAAGGAGUUGUCAAUGCAAAAUAUAGACUUAGUUCCACCGAAAAGAAAAGUUGGAAGACCUAGAAAUGAGGACAAGAAAAUUUUACAAAAUUACAGUUAUGAUCCGUUCCAUGCUAAUCCAUUGAAUCAAGAUAUUUUAAUACAUAAAACUAAGUAUGGACGGUCAAUAAAAUUCAACACAGAAGUAGCAAAAAUGUUGCAAAUUGAUCAAGAGUCUCAGUUACUACACAAACAAAAAGUACCGGAAAAAUUAAUAGAAAGCAUUAAAAGAAACCCAACGGAACCGCUUGAAGAAAUAGACAGACCAAGAAAGCAAAGAAUAAUUUCUUCAGAAUUCAGAUGUGCUACUUGUAAAAAGGUUUAUCUUGGCAAGAACAAAAUGAAUCAUCAUUUCAAAUUGAAUCCCAGCCACAGAGUUUUCUCAGUGGAAAGUGACUUGUUUUCGCAUUUAAUGAAAUUAGUUCGACAAAAGAAAAACAAUCAGGACAUGGCUAAUGUAUUCUUCAAAGAGCUCUCAAGCUUUGUUCAGCAGUGCGAGAAGCUAACGCCCAAGUUGAUAACAAACAAUGAAAAUCAUCUAAAUGUCCACCAUCAUGUGAUUGAUAAAAAUUCAGCAAGUGUCUUGAGAAUCAAUCCGGGAGAAUACAAAAUUAAUAUGAAUGUUUUUGAUAAGAAUUUCAAGUUUGAUAAUCCACUGGAUCAGGUGGAAAAUGAAGAAGAGAGGAAUAUAAGCAUAGAAGAAGUACAUCAUCAAAAUAUUGAGCAUGUAGCACACGGCAAUGAAGUUAUAAAAGUUCUCGACGAUGUACCAAGUCUUGAUGGAAAUGAAGUCAAUUUGCUGAUACCUCAAUCAAAUGAACUUACUCAUCUCACUAAUAUUAGUGACAUAAUAACAAACAGCGAACAUGAAGGAGACAAUGCACUUCUCGGAUUUUUAAAUUGAACAGCGCUGCAUGGAUGUUUUGUUUUUUUGACAACGACAUGAGAUAUCAAUUUUCAUCACAUCUUAAAUUCAUGAUUUUUCAUAAAUGUAGUCAUCGCUUCGUUGACAAAAAAAUGAGUAAGACAACACUUGCCAAAAGUUUCACGUUCAUUUUUAACACUUUUCGACAAACAUAAUCAAUUACUAGAAUUAGAAAUAAAAUCUUGUGAAUAUUUGUGUCG